AAUCCACCAAUGAGGAAUUCCCAAACUGUGAGGGGCGGGAAACACGGAAACGCCACAAAGAAAAACAGGUGAAGACGACACGUCGGCUGUGUGCAGGAAUCCCCUCUGUUCAGCUGAAACUGACUUUAAAUGAACCUGUUACAGAAAAAUUUUAACAUCGCCAUUGUUCAGUUUGUUAUUUUUGUCAGCACCUCCGUGCUUUUCGCUCCUAACAGCUGAAAUGGAGAUAGAUGGUGGUGUGGUUUUGGCCACCGAGAGAUAUGGUAAUGCAGAGUCCUGGAAGUAUUUAGCAAAGGAUGGAUUGAUGGAGAGGAGAAGAGAAGGCGGUCAAGGUGAAUCUAGAGGAAACUCUAUUGUUGGCGUUUUCAAAAGCGUGUUUCUGCCUCAGGGCUAUCCAGAGAGUGUCAGCGAUGACUAUCUGCAGUACCAGUUCUGGGAUACUGUGCAGGCUUUCUCCAGCUCUCUGUCAGGGACUCUGGCCACACAGGCCUCUCUCAGAGGAGUCGGUGUGGGAAACCAAGAGGCAACAGUAGCUGCAGCCACAAUCACUUGGUUAUUAAGAGAUGGAACUGGCAUGUUGGGCAGAAUCCUUUUUGCCUGGCAGAAAGGGACUAAACUGGAUUCUGAGGCCAAAAAAUGGAGACUUUUUGCUGACUUUCUCAAUGACAUUGCCAUGUUCUUGGAAAUAUUGGCUCCAUACUUUCCUGCUUGCUUUACCAUGAUUGUGUGCACCGCAGGAGUUUUCAAGUCUAUUGUUGGAGUGGCAGGUGGAGCGACCAGAGCUGCUCUCACUGUUCAUCAGGCUCGCAGAGACAACAUGGCUGACAUCUCGGCCAAAGACGGCAGUCAGGAGACCCUGGUGAAUUUGGCUGGACUACUGGUCAGCUUGAUACUUAUUCCUCUCGUCACUGAUAAUCCGAUACUGACUCUCAGCCUCUUCUUCCUUUUCACUAUCCUCCACCUCUUUGCCAAUUACAAGGCUGUGCGUUCGGUUGUCAUGGAAACCUUUAACGAAGCACGAUUUUCCAUCGUGCUGCAGCAGUACCUGAGAGAUAAACAAAUCCUGAGUCCACUAGAGGCCAACCAGAGAGAGCCAGUUUUUAUGGAGUUUAGGAAAACAGUGCCAAUCAAACUGGGAGUGAGGCUACACGAGGUUGUGCAGAGCCCAGAUGAACUUAAUUUGGCUUUGAAGAAAAACAACAUGCCUUACCUAUUAGGAGUAAAAAAUGGCUCUGUAUGUGUUUGCUUGGGACCAGAGGCAUCUGUACAAGAUGAAAUCAGAGCAAUGUGCCAGGCUGUGUGGCUCAGCAGCAUGUUGAGCCACACAGCUUCCAGAGAACCCACUACAAAACAGCAGCAGAGUCACUGGGAAAUGGUGUCUGAGAGUUACACGCUGUUGGAUACAGUUUUCAAUCCAUUUAUCAAAGGUGUGGAAGCUGCAGGAUGGGACAUUAAACGGACUCUGCUGGACUGGGAUGAGUGGCGGGUCCAGUGCAAAAUAAAAAGCAACUGAGUUGUGAGACAUCUGCAGCUAUUUUUGUUUUUCAUUUUUUAAUA